GGGACUUCCGCUUCCGCCCGUUCGCCGUCAUGGCGGCCCGGGGGACGCUGGUGGCGCUCCGGGCAGCCGGGCGUUUACCAUAGAAGAGGCUGUUGCCACAGACGAGGCUUUUACAUCAGAUGAGGCUGUUACCAGACCCCGCGGGUGAGGGGACAGCUCGCGCCGUUGGGAAGCCUCCUGUGUCCGGUCGCAGUGUCAAGUCACACAGAAUCACAGAGUGUCAGGGGUUGGAAGUGGUCUGAUGGGCUUUGGCAUCACCAUUCAGUUACUGUGACUUUACAUAAAAUUACACCUGGAAAGGAUCUGAGGGUUGUCUCCUUUUUCUUUCCUGAAAAAGAGUUAGUUGUAUGUGUGUUUGGUUUUUGGUUUUAUUUUUUUUGGCUAGAAAUCUCCUGAAUCACUUCUUCAAAUUCCCCGUGUUCAGAAAACGGAUAAAUCCAAACCUGUUUUAAGUCAUUCAGUACACAGUCAAUAGUUUUUGUUCCACGAUUCCACCAGCAGACCCAUAAAAAAUACAGCAAAUCAUUUUGUGUCAUAUUCUUGCAUUUGUAAUGCUAAAGAAGAAUAAAGCGAGUUACUCCCAUGUACUUUGGAGGCCCAAUGUGACAAGAAGACGUAGUGUCUGUUCAGUAUUAAUUUAGGAUCGCAUAUCCAGAUCAUUUUACGAGACAACCCUGCAACAUCCUGCUCCGCUGAAGGGAACACAGAGUUUUAUGCCUCAAAGCCCUUGGCUCCCUGUCCCGCACAACUGAACGCAGCAAUUUCCUCAAGGGAUCAUGUGAGACGCUUAAAAGAUUAAACAUUUUAACAACAUGAGUAUUGUGUUUUGUGAAACACAAAAUUCCACCUGGCCUUAAUGUCAUUCUUGCUGCAAUAAGCGUGUUGAAUAAAUUACACGGAAAUCAAGUUCACAGGUACUUUGUGCAGAACGGGAUUUAGGAGACAUCGGUCACCAUGGUCCUUCUCCAAGGAUUCCACCUCAGUCUUUAUUGUCAGGGCUCUACUAAUCUGAUCUCUUUGGUGAUUUGAGCCCAGCUCAAGACUUGAGUUUCAGCUGUAUUGAAUCUGAACGCUUGUAUUUCCUAUUGUAUUUGUUCACACACAACCACCACCAACCAAUCAAAAAUUCCUCUUCAAAAGACUUAAGAAAUAACCCAUUUGUGGGCUUUUGAAAUUCGCAGCUCAGAUGUUUGUGAAAGCGAAUUUGUGCUGUUGGAUUCUCCAGUUGAGUUGCCCAAAAAGUUCACAACAGACUCGCAGCCGGGACCACACGACUGCAAUAAAGGAUGUAACGUUUCGUGCUCUUGCAGAAGAAGCCGCCGUCUCCCAUGGGAAUGAUUCCUGUGAUGACCACGCUUCCGCUCCAGGUCCCAACAGAGGGCACUGCUAUUCCAGAAACAGACAUAGAGGAUGGAGCAGGAAGUGGCAAGAGAAGAGGAGAAGAAAGAAGGCUUGAUUGAGUUUUACGAUUCCUUUAAGGAUAUGUUUGAGUUCUUCUGCAAGAACACAACGAUCCACGGCACCAUCCGCCUCGUGUGCUCGGGCAGCAAUAGGAUGAAAACAGCUUUUUGGACGCUGCUUUUUCUGGCCAGCUUUGGCAUGUUAUACUGGCAAUUUGCACUGAUGUUCAACCAAUACUGGGCCUACCCUGUCGUCCUGACCAUGUCAAUGCAUUCAGAGCCCAAGAUGUUUCCAGCUAUUACCAUCUGCAAUCUGGACCCAUACAGAUUUGAACUGGUUAACGAACAUUUGGUUCAACUGGACCGCAUGGCAGAGGAAUCUAUUACUUUUUUAUAUGGCGUCAACACCUCAGCCAGCUUAUUCCGCAUAAACGAGAAAAAUGUCUAUAUAAAAGACUUGUCAAACAUCAGCAAUCUCAGCAGAUCGAGUUUCAAGCUGAGCCAGAACUUCUCCCUCUUGAGAAUGCCUGACCACAGUAACAUGUCAGGGAAGAACCAUUACAGUGUAGGAUUCAAGCUGUGCAAUGCCACCGGUGGGAAUUGCUUCUAUAAGACCUAUUCGUCUGGGAUGGAUGCAAUUCUCGAAUGGUACAGAUUUCACUACAUGAAUAUCAUGUCCCAGCUACCAGUUAUAAUCAACAUUUCCGAUCAUGAGGAGCAAAUAGAAGAUAUGGUCUACUCCUGUCAGUAUGAUGGGGAGCCCUGCAGACCUGGUGACUAUGUUCACUUUCACCACCCAGUCUUUGGAAGCUGCUAUACUUUUAACAGCAAGGGAACAGACUCUUUUUGGACAGCUACAAAACCAGGAAUUCCUUAUGGACUUUCCCUUAUCCUGAGAGCUGAGCAGAAGGAUCACAUCCCACUCUUGUCUACAGUAGCAGGUGUGAAGGUCAUGAUACACAACCACAAUCAGACCCCGUUCCUUGAGCACGAAGGCUUUGACAUCAGACCAGGCAUCGCAACGACCAUCGGCAUUCAGCAGGAUGAGGUGAAUCGCCUGGGUGGCAAUUAUGGGAAAUGCACAACUGAUGGCAGUGAUGUGAAUGUUAAACUCCUGUACAACAACUCCUACACCCUGCAGGCUUGUUUGCACUCCUGCUUUCAGCACAUAAUGGUUCGAAAAUGUGGCUGUGGCUAUUACUACUACCCACUGCCUCCCGGUGCCCAAUACUGUGACUACAAUAAGCAGCCUGCGUGGGGUCACUGCUUUUACCAGCUCUACAACAGGCUCAGAAAUCAUCACCUGAAUUGUUUUGACCAGUGCCCCAAACCUUGCCGGGAAUCGCUGUACAAGGUGUCAGCUGGGACAGCGAAAUGGCCAUCAACCAAGUCUCAGGACUGGGUCCGCCAAGCCCUGAGGCACCAGAACGGCUAUAACUCCACCAGCAACAGGAAGGAUAUUGCCAAGGUGACCAUCUUCUACCAGCAGCUGAACUACCAGUCUGUGAACGAGUCGCCUUUACUCUCAGUGAAUCUGCUUCUGUCCAGCAUGGGAAGCCAGUGGAGUCUCUGGUUUGGAUCCUCGGUGUUAUCUGUAGUUGAAAUGUUCGAGCUGCUUGUAGAUACACUCGUCUUGUCUCUCCUCUUCUGCUACCAAAGCUUCAGGGCAAAGAAGACACUGAAAGUAACUCAAACUCCGACCAUCCCCAGCGUGAGCUUGGCCUUAGAAAACUACCGAGUUGUGCAAGAAGAAGCUGGAAUAGGUGAUGAUUCUGCUCAGCCUCACCCGGCUGGAGCGACUGUUGCCAUGAAAAACAGUGACCUGCACCUUCAGCUGUUCUCCGGCAAGGUGGAAUUGCCAGAGCUUUGCCCGACCGUGGUGCUGAAUGGAUUUAGACACACGCAGGACAGCGCUUCGGAAAGGGAACUGAACAGCUGAGGAUCCCUUUGUGUGCACAAAGUGGGGGAUUGAAACUCCCGCAGCACUCAGGUGCUGUCACAAAGGUCACAACCAGAAACGUUCUGGGUCCACGAGCUGUUAGCACCUCCACGCCACACUGCUCCUGCAGGUUUGGCGUUAAACCAUCCGUGUGUCCCGGAUUCGGGCAUCACACCAUGUCCUUUUGUUCCUAACGAGUAUCCAGGGAGGGGAGGACUGUACUUCUGCUCUCAGGGAUACUCAUAGAAUCCUCAUAGAAAGCCUGUUCAUCGCUUUUUAACUUUGAAACCCUUGUUAGGAAAUCAGGCUGUGGCUUCAGACAGGCCCAUCUACAUUUCACACGUGUACUCCAGCAAAACGUCGGCCUGGCCGGUACUGGAAGCAUUUCCAAUAAUCCAAGGAGCGGGUGCUCGUAUCAGUGUUGUCUGGAGGAUGACAGAGCCUGUAAUAACGAGAGGGGGCUCUAAUUACAGCUGUGUGUCCCCGACCCCUCUGUCCUUAACCUACCGCUGCUGGGUUUUGAGGACGAUGCACUGAAUGCUGCUGCUGAGAUGCUUUUAGACUUCACCCAGGUUAUUUCAAACGAGACUCUCUGUCUUAGAGGAAAGGAAAGAGAAGUGGGGUUGAUAACUUUUUUAUGUCACAGACGAAGCAUCUGACUUAUUUAGAAGAUUAAAACAAUGCUGCGUUUUUGUUGCAGUCCGUUUAUAAAUAGAGACGUUUUAAUGUUAAUAUUUGACAGUAACUUAUGUGUACAUAAAAUAACACGUUUAUUUUUGAUGAUGGUGUUUGCACAGAAGCAUUUUACUCUGUUAUAAACUUGUUUAUGACUUUCUGUAGAAAACAGGAGUUGACACGAAACCAACGAGCUUUGUUUUGUAACUUUUUUAAAUAAUAAAAUGCUCUGAAUACAGACUAUGA